AUGAGGCAGCGAGCAGCAAUGGACGGCGACUCGAGCGGGGGCGGCGCCGCUGCUAGGAAGGGUGGCGAGGAGCCAGAGUUCCUCGACUCGCAAGGUUGGGCGGUGGUGCUGGGAAGGGUGGUGCUGGCAAGGGUGGUGCUGGCAAGGGUGGUGCUGGCAAGGGUGGUGCUGGCAAGGGUGGUGCUGGCAAGAGUGGUGCUGGCAAGGGUGGUGCUGGGAAGGGUGGUGCUGGCAAGGGUGGUGCUGGCAAGGGUGGUGCUGGCAAGGGUGGUGCUGGCAAGGGUGGUGCUGGCAAGGGUGGGAUGCAUGGCAGUGGCAAGGAUCUGCAUAUCGCUGUUGCUACUCGCAUAUGCAUUGUUCAUGGUGCAUGGGGUCAUCAACCUCGUGGUCUCUCCCUGGAGCCAGAGGAGGAAUGCAGAGCUGCGGCAAAUUCUCGACUUCAAUACCCUUGCUGCUGCUGACGUGGCAUCAGUAGCAGCCUCCGCCCUUCUCCUCGCUUCCCUCUGGCUGCACGGAUCAACUCGUCACCUUCUCUUCACCUCUUCUGCUGCUCUCUCCGCUGCGCUUGCUCUCUUCUGGUGCUACACCCUGCUACAGCUGGCAACACCGUUCCGGUGGCGGCUCUUCUGGUUACCCCUCACAAAUCCAGU